CGCCUUCCCCUUUUGUGGUUCAGAUUCUCAAACGCAGAGAACCAUUUUCAGACCCAAAUUAAGGAUGAAGUGAGUAAUGUAGCAUCAAUCAAUAAAUUAAGCAUAAACAGAAGCCAAGAUGGAGGGUGAAAUGAAGAGUUUGAUCAAGGUUGGGCUGUCAGUCAUAGCCUCUCUAUCUUACUGCUAUUUCGUAGCCUCAAGAAUUCCCAAAGGCAAGCUCAGGCUCCUCUCCCUUGUCCCAAUCUUCUGCCUUUUCACCACCCUCCCUCUCUCUCUCACCACUGUCCUCCCCACAGGCAUCACUGCCUUAUUCAUCGCCUGGCUUGCCAACUUCAAGCUCCUCCUCUUCUCCUUUGAUUUGGGCCCACUUUCCACUGACCCACCAAAGUCCCUCCCCCUCUUCAUCUUCAUCGCUUGUUUCCCCAUCAAAAUCAAGCAAAAUGAGAAACACCCAUCUCACCAAAACCACCAAAAACUCAUAAAAUCUUCCAAGUCGCCUCUUAAAUUGCCUCAGAAUUUGCCAACCAAAGCCUUCCUCUUUACCAUAUUAAUGGUUGCUGCCACUAGUUAUAAAGAACAUGGGCACCCAAAGAUGGUGAUAGCCAUAUACUGCUGCAUGGUGUGUCUUCUCGUGGACAUAGUUUUGGGUUCGUGCAAUACCAUAGUCCGUGCCAUUCUCGGGAUCGAGCUCGAGCUACCGUCCAAUGAUCCCUACUUGUCCACAUCUCUGCAAGAUUUCUGGGGCCGGAGGUGGAACCUCGUGGUCACCAAUAUUCUGCGCCACACCGUAUACAAACCCGUGCGGUCGGUCUUGGAGACCGUGUUUGGUCCACAAAAGUGGGCCCCACUGCCGGCCGUUGCAGCGGCUUUCUUAAUCUCCGGUCUAAUGCACGAGCUGCUAUUCGUCUACGUCACACGGGUGGCACCCACGUGGGAGGUGACGAUGUUUUUCGUGCUUCAUGGGGCAUGUCUGGUUUUGGAGUUUUGGGUGAAGAACAAAUUGUUGAGUCAGCGAUGCCGGUUGCAUUGGGCCGUGUCGGGCCCGCUGACCAUUGGGUUCGUGAUGGUCACUGCAGGCUGGUUGUUUUUUCCUCCCCUGGUCAGGAACGGCGUGGAUGCUAGGGCUAUUCAGGAAUGCGUCUCUGCGCUCGACUUUUUGAAGGCAAAGAUAGAAUGGGCUUAGGAAAUCCCCGAAUGUAGGUGCAACAGAUGGGAUUCUGUUCUCCCUUUUUUUGCGCCUCCUAUUGUUAUUCGGCUUUGUAAUACACGUUUCGUCAAGAGGAAUGUUAUAUAAAGGUGGAAUGCGUAAAUAAUGUACAAUUAUUUUAAAAAAUAGUGAGAUCUAUUAUUAAAAAAUU